UAUCCUUAAGAAAAAGGGCCAAAAAAAUAAACAAAAAAAAAGAAUGGCUAUGUUUUCAAAAGUUCUUGCUCUUUCUGCUUUCUUUCUCAUCUUUGCAUUGGCGUUUUCUGUUGAUGGUUUUGAUAUUGAAGGCCAAACCUCUGACGCAAAUUAUUACCCUGCUGGUGGGGAAGGAUCACUUCGUCCUCAAGAUUGUGGAAAAGCAUGCGAAAUUAGGUGUUCAGCAACAUCACAUAAGAAGCCAUGUUUAUUUUUCUGCAACAAAUGCUGUGCAAAAUGUCUGUGUGUUCCUUCAGGCACUUAUGGUCACAAAGAGGAAUGUCCAUGCUACAACAAUUGGAAAACUAAGGAAGGAGGUCCAAAAUGCCCUUGAGUAUAUUAUCUCCACCAUAUGUGCACAAACCCAAUCAGAAUUUUAAUCAGCGUUUGGUGAGCUGGAAAGUUAUGAAUAAAAAAGAAUUUUAUAUUUCCUCUGUACAACCAAUCGAUAUUUUCCUUAUUAUUAUAAUUAUACCUUGGAAAGGGAUUGUGAUGUGAUUUGACAAUAUUAUGUUUUAGGGAUUCCAAAAUGAUGAUCUUUUUCUUUAGAUUUAUCUUUUAAGAUCACCAAAAGCCUUAUAAGAGGUUUAAAUUUGAGCGUUGAGAGAGGCUCUAGCUACUUUUCUGUUCAUUUUUGUCAAUAAAUCAAAGAAAUAAAAUUUUU